CACACGCGGCAUCACUUUGUUGUCAUUGAACUUAGGUUGUCACCAGGUUCAAUUCUAAGUAGACAUUUUUUCUUUGCUGUGUGUCUUUUCCACAUCAGCCAUCAUGUGCCUUCUGAGAGCUGUCCUGCUGCUUUCUUUACUUGAUUCCAUUCCCUGUGAACAGUUUCUGGCACCUCUGAACAUGGGAGGAGUCACAGGGCAGGUGCACUUCAAUUCCACGUCCCAUAUGGCCACUGUCAACGUGUCUGGCGCUGGAUCCUGUGGUUCACUUAACAUCUCCCUCAGCAUGUUCCCCGUCAUGUAUGGCCAUCACGCUCAGCCCUGUUCUGAAGCAAAUAUCGGCUCUAGCGUCUUCACCUUCACAGCUGAUCCUUCUUCAAACCCCACCAUCAACGUGUCUCGCCUCCUCGAACACAGCUCAAACCUGAACGAUUUCUCAUUGACCUUGCAGACAUGUAACGGCACUAAAGUGUGCACAGUUGUAAGUCAGGUUCAAACGCAAAUGACUUAUCAGGCCAGGUUCACCGGACCCAUCGCGGGUAAUAUUUACAUGCGCUUUAACAAGGGACGGACCAACCCCAGGGUGCUUGCAGACCUAGUUACAAUCGGUCAGGUCAAUGCCUCAAAUACCAAUAUCACUCUCUUUGGAUCUAAGAGCACCGGCGCAAGCUGUAAUGUUCUACUUGAAAGCUUAGACUCCUCAGCUUUGACUAAUCUGGGUGUUGUUAAAAUCGGAACCCCUUCACAACCGGAGAAAUCCCGCUUGGACUUGACCAGCUUCAACAUCAACAAUCGCUUUCUUGUCUUCCGCAUGGGGUCAAGUUACAAAUGUGCUCAGAUUUAUAUUGUGCCAGAGAAACAGGUGAGCGCUGUUGUGAAUAUGAGAGGGAUCAAAGGAUACCUCAGCUUCCGUCAGGCUUCCCCGUUUGAUGUAACAGAGUUGAGGGUGAACCUGACCAAUUUAAAGAGCCGAGUCGGCUCUUAUCAUGUCCACAAUUUUCCUCUCCCCUCAGUCAUGUCGCCUUCAUCAAGCCGGUGUUCAAAUGAUAAUGUGGGUGGUCACUGGAAUCCAUUCGGUUUCAACACAAACGACCCAACAUACCCGAACGGGCCAGGUUCAACUCACGACAUGUAUGAGAUUGGGGACCUCAGCGCCAAGCAUAUGUCCCUUGCAGGCCAAAACGAGGUGGACAUGAUGUUCACGGACUUCAGCCUCCCUCUGUUUGGACAGAAUAGCAUUGUAGGUCGCUCGGUUGUAAUUCAUCAAACAAAUGGUGCCAGGUAUGUUUGUGCAAGCAUCAGCUAUCCCGGUGAAGUGAUCGUAGGCAGAGCCAGAUUUCAGAGCCCUGUGGUUGGUGAGAUCUGGUUUACCCAGCUGGCGAACAACCCUCUCUCUGACGUAACCAUCUUCACAGAUCUGUCAUAUGGAAAUCCCUCAACAACACCAACCAAAAACCACAACUGGCAUGUUCACACCUACCCCAUCAGCUCAGAGAAAGAUAAUGAUGAAAAUCGCUGCAGCACAACAGGAGGACACUGGAAUCCUUUUAACAUUAAUGCAAGUGACAGCAGCUAUGCCCUCUACUGUGGCCCAUCCAGGCCCUUGUCCUGCGAGGUGGGAGACCUCUCCAGCAAACACAGAACCCUCAACCUCGAUACCAAAGUGGGCGCAGUGGGCGCAAAACACUUUUUCACUGAUGUCACUUCCUGGUUGUCCGGGACAAGCAUCAUCGGUCGAUCUGUGGUCAUGCAUCAAGCAGAAAGAGGAGGGCCAAGGAUUGCUUGUGCCAACGUCACAAUGGUGCGAGUCCCUAAAGCUAGCUUAGGAAGCUGGUUCGGCUUCCAGAUCCCUGGCGGACAAGUCCGGUUCUCCCAGGCAGUCCCACAAGGCCCCACGACUAUAAACGUAUCCCUGAUUAACCUGAACUCCAUAGCUGGGGGCUACCAUGUUCACAUACUGCCAAUCAAACCUGGCAGUGCAGAUCCCUGCUCCAAUGCAAACAUCCUGGGCCACUUCAACCCAUUAGCCUGGAACAUAUCAAACAGCCCCGCACCUGGAGUUGGCACAGUCGACCAAUAUGAAAUUGGUGACAUUGGUGGGAAGUUUGGGAAACUGAAUAACCUCAACCAGACUCAGGCUGUAUACAUGGACCCUGACAUGCCAUUAACCGGACCCUACAGCAUAGAUGGAAGGUCACUGGUGAUUCACUACUCAACUAACAGAUCAAGAAUGCGGUGUGCUGACAUCUCAGCUGACAGAGCUACAGAUGGACAAUGGACUAUUGCAAAGGCAGUUUUCAAUGGUAUUGUGACUGGGACAGUCAAAAUGCGCCAGCAGAUGUUUCCUGAUGGGAGUACUAGUGAUCUAAAGCUGGAGGUGGCCCUUCAAUCAUCGACAAGUCAAAAUGCAUCCAUGUUCAUCACAAGCAACCAAGGCGCCGACACCCGCCAGUGCAUCGGUGCGGGAGGAACAUUCAAUCCCUUCAACAUGACAUCAAUGAGCUCCAGCUGUUCGCUAUUUAACCCUCUGAGCUGUGUGGUGGGAGAGUUGUCAGAAAGACAUGGCACAGUCAGCCUGAGAGAGAGACAGAUCAUCAGUGACUGCAACAUUGUGCUCACUGGAGACAACACAGUGGUCCACAGAUCUGUAAUGCUGAUGAACGGAGACAGCAUCAUCGCAUGUGCAGCAAUCCUCCCAGAAUCCCCUUCAGCAAAUCAGACCUUUCCCAAAGUGACUAACUUCAGCAGAUAUGACUUCCGUAAGAGGGUUGCAGAUGUCCUGCAGGUGCAAAAGGCGAGAGUCACCAUCCUUGCCGGCUCUCCCAGCUCUGUCGCUAAUGGAACGUGCUACCAAGUCAACUUCAUGGUUUCUGGGGAUGUCAGCACAGAACUUCUGGAGUCUGUCAAAACCAGCGAGAAGAUGGGCAUGUUCAUAGAGUCGGACUCAUGUACAAGAAGUGCAGGUCUGCUGCUGAUGCCAGGAACUUUUCUGCUGGGCUUGAUGUUUGCUGCCACCUGCCUGAUGUCAUCCACAGUUUAUUGAUAGCUUAGAGAUUCGGCCACAACAUGCAUCUUCAGCGAAGCCACACGGAUACGCAUAUUGUAAAACUGUGAAUAUGUUUAUGAAAUGUAGCCCUCCCAAUAAUACGAUGGUCAUCUGAAUAAAUGUCAAGCAAAUAAUAAGUAUUUCUUACUUUUAAUCAUUUUAGGCAACAAGCUAUUUAUUAACUGUACCUUUAUAGAAACUUUUACACAACAGAUAUUAUAUUUCAUUUUAUUGGUGGAUGGAGUUAAUACUGUACAUUUUCAGAUAUCCAAACUGUUUCUUCUUCAUUUAUGCACCAUCCAUAUAUUCAUGCAUGUGUGUAAAUAUCUGGAAAACUGUAAAUAAAAUGCAAUAAUGUUUGUAUGCCUUGUGC